AUGCUGCUGCGGCCGACCUCGUUGGCUUCGAGUCGGUCGGCGCUGCGUCUGCCCCGAGCGGGAGACGCCGCACCGGCAAGGGCAAGGGGGGCAAGGGCACUAGAGGGGCUGGAGGGGGCGGUGGAGGUGGUGAUGGAGGCAGUGGAGGGAGUUGGGGUGGUGGUGGGAGUGGUGCGGGGGGUGGCAGCGGCGGCGGCAGCAGUGGAGGCGGCGGAGGCGGUGGUGGUGGAGGAGGUGGCGAAGGAGGCGGAGGUGGCGGAGGAGGCGGAGGUGGUGGAGGAGGCGGAGGUGGAGGAGGCGGCGGAGGCGGCGACGGCGGUGGUGGAGCGGGUCGCGACUCUGCGCAGAGGAGUGGCUCAGCGCGGUGGGGGUUUUGGUCCCUGCACUUACGUCCUCCGUACCGGCGACCGAGCUGGUGAGCAGUGCCGAGGCCCGCACUCCACCCACAGCUGCUGCGGUCGCCUGACGGACGCGUGGCGUCGCCAGUUCCCUGAGGCGUCAGAGAUCCUUCGCUGGGGAGAUCUGUCUAGGGCGGGGGUUGCCGUCUUUGAUCUUGACUAUGAUGCUAUCCUUGCUGCCAUGUAUUCUGUGACUACUAGUGUUGAGGGUGACUGUUACCUGUGUGUACCGCCUGACCCGGGCAUUGAGGCCACUGCUCUAGGUAUUGGUGCGGCUGCUGCUCUAGGUGCUGGUGCGUCUGCUGCCCCAGGUGCCAGUGCGUCUGCUGCCCCAGGUGCUAGUGCAUCUGCUGCCCAAGGUGCUGGUGAGUCUGCGCUCUCAGGUACUACGUCGACUCUGGCCUUACACACCUUCACCCUUGACUCGGGUGCGUCCUGCUCCUUCUUUCGAGACCACACCACUCUUACGCCGCUCCGUCGGCCGGUUGCGGUCUCCCUGGCGGACCCCUCUGGGGGUCCUAUCCUUGCUAGCUUCUCCACUGUCUUACUGAUAGGGGGGUUGACCAGUUCACUCCUGCGAGUCAGCGAGUGA